AUGCCUUCCGAAGUCUCCGAUAUCAAGCAGUUCAUUGAGAUCUGCCGCCGGAAGGACGCUUCCUCCGCCCGCAUCAAGCGCAACCGCAAGACCAGCCAGACCAAGUUCAAGGUCCGCUGCAACCGCUUCCUGUACACCCUCGUUCUUAAGGACUCGGACAAGGCCGACAAGCUCAAGCAGAGCUUGCCUCCUGCCCUCAAGAUCGAAGACGUCUCCAAGGGUGGCAAGAAGAAGACCAUCUAA